AAUUAAAGUUGACGAGUACAAAUAUUUAGUCUUGUUUUUUUGUUUCUCCAUCUCAUUAUCAACAUUUCAACAUGCAACUUCUUGCGAUUUCUUUCUUAUUUAUAACUUUUAUUAUUGAAUCGAUAAUUUGUUCUGGAUAUCUAGAAUUACAUAUUCAAAGUCCUCAUAUACAAACCGCAAUUGUGAACAUCUCAUCAAAUUUUCGAACAGAGAAAUCAAAAAUAGUGCAUUUAAAACUUAAAUCUAAUGUACCAUUUAACGUUACAAGGAUUCCUGUGAACUUUGAUAAUAUCUACAAUAUAACCAUAAAAUGUGGAAAAUCAGAGGAAGAUGGCAAGUUUAAUUCAUAUUUUAAAAAUUCAACUCCAAAGUAUUUGGGUCUAACUGACACAACAAUUGUCUCAACUGUUCACCCACGUGUUGGGCUGUUAUCACCGGCUGCUGUAGCCAGACCUUUAAAUGGAAUUCGAAUCGUUAUUGGUUGUAAUAAAAAUUGGUUUGGUGAGAAAUGUGAAACUUUUUGUGAUGAGAACAAAGCAACCAACUCGGGAAAACACUGCAAUUUUCAAGGAAAACCAAGUUGUUUGAAUGGAUUAACUGGGUCAAAGUGUGAAAAACUCAUUGUUCCAAAGUUGUGUAACUGUGAGAAUGGUGGAGUUUGCAUUGAUUCAAAUCCAAAACCAAUUUGUGAAUGUUCGAAAGCCUAUCGCGGUGAAAAAUGUGAAAAGAAGCAUAUAUCAGCGUCUCUUUCCUCACAUUAUAAAGGAGACUUUUGGAAUUUUCGAAUGACAUUUUGGCAGUUGAUAUUCUCGAAUUUAGUUGAGAAUGAGUUGGCAGAGAUUAGCAAAUCGGAAGCUUGGGAAACAAUUAAUAACCUAUUGGGAAAUGUUUCUGAUACUCCGUUUGCAAAUCGUCCAAAUAAUACGGAAACAUUCCCAAUAACUGGUUCUGUUAAUCUUGAUAAUGUUGAUAUCAUUUAAAUUUAAGUUCUAUAAAAUCAUUUGAAGUAAAUAAAAACAUUCACAGCUUUAUUGUGAUUCAUUGUGACAAUUUCAUGUAUAAAACAACUGAACCAUUUAUUUAUCAAAAUAUUGUACCAUUUUAAUAAAUUUUCAAGCU